AUGGAUAUAGUCAAAGAUGUUGUUUCGAAAUUUUUUCAACCAUCAUUCUUAUUCACAGAUAGCCCUAAACGAAAACGAACAAUUUCUAUUGAAGAAAAUAAUGAUGAACAACAAAAUGAAACAAUUGCAAGUACUACAACAAAUAGUCAAAUAAUAAUAUCAAAAUCAAAAUAUCUUCAUCAGCCUAUCAGAGACGAUGAAUCACAAUUGACUGAUGAUGAAGAUAAGAAUCAAAAUGUAUCAUCAACUGAACAAACUUUAAAAGAAAUUGAACAACAAAAAAAACGACGUCGUACAACUAAUUUUCAACAGAUUCAUACUACAAAUGGUUAUCAUGAAAGUGAAAAAAAAUCUUUAUAUCCAACUUCAACACACAGUAUUAGUUCAUUAUCAAAUCGUCGAAUUGAUCGUACAACAUCUAAUGAAAGAAUUGAUCGAGUAAUAUCAUCUACAAAACGUUUUAAUAUUACAUCAACUUAUGAUCCAUCAAAAUCACCACUUUUUUCUACUGAUAAUCGAAAACCAACUGAAACAACAAAUCUUAAAUCCGAUGAAUUUUCAGCAAAUUAUUUACUUGCAACCAGUCUAACUGAUCGACCACAAUUAACUACACCAAAUAGUCAACAAUCAUCAGCAACAUUAACAAAUAAAAAUCGAUUAUUAUCAAGUGAACGACAAAUGUUUGGUGUUAAUUAUGCAUCAAUUAAUUCACAUCGUUUACCCUAUAUUGAAAGACUUCGUCGACGAACUUUACAAGAUUGUAUACGAUUUAAUCGUACACGUGAUAAUGAACUAUUAUCUAUGUCAACAACUGAUGAACAUAAAUUAAAAACAAAUACUUCGGAAUUAAAUCGAACAAAAGUACAAGAAAAAGAAUGUGGUAUUCAAUGUAAUAUUUUAAUUAUUGAAAAUUCUAAAGAAUCAAAUAAAAAACUUCAACGUGCAUUUCCACCAGCUGAUAUUCAAUAUGAAGCAUUAUCAGUACCAACUACUGAAAAAAUUCAAUCAUCUACUCAAACAGAUUCAUCAAUUCAAACAAAUAGUUCGAUAACAAUUGAAAAAAUACAAUCACCAUUACCAACAAUUGAUAUUACCAAACCUAAAGUACUUGGUAACGUUACACCAUUUUCAUGGCCAAAAUUUGCUCGAGCACAAGAAGAAUAUGCUAAAAAAUAUCCAGAAAAAUGUACUGAAUCAAUUAGUUCUACUCCUAUCGAAAAAUCAAAUAUUAAUACAAAUACUAAUAUAAUAUCAAAAAUACCAACACUUCCUUUGUCAUCAUUACAUCCUAUUCAAUCAAUUUGGAAAUGUCCUUCAUGUACUAAAGAACAUCCAGCACAAACAGCAUCAUGUUCACUUUGUCAUGGUAUUAAUCCGAAUUAUAAAAAAUUAAGUGCGAUUCAAUCAACAAUAACAAUCGAAAAAGAAUCAACUAUACCUACACCUACUACCACUAUUAUUAAUCAAACAACUAAAGAAAGUCCAGGGAUCGCUACUACUGCUUUGCAAUUCGGUGCAACAAUAACUAAAGGAAGUUCAGUAGUCACUGCUACUCCGCAGUUCAGUUCAGCAAUCAUUACUGCUCCGCAAUUCGGUGCAACAACAACUAAAGAAAGUUCAGUAAUCACUGCUAUUCCGCAAUUCGGUACAGCAACAACUAAAGAAAGUCCAAUGGUCACUGCUGCUCCGCAAUUUGGUAUAACAUCAACUAAAGAAAAUCCAGUGAUCACUGCUGCUUCGCAAUUCGGUACAACAACAACUAAAGAAAGUCCAGUGAUUACUGCUGCUCCGCAAUUUGGUAUAACAACAACUAAAGAAAAUCCAGUGAUCACUGCUGCUUCGCAAUUCGGCACAACAGUAACUAAAGAAAGUUCAGUGAUUACUGCUGCGCCGCAAUUUGGCAUAACAGCAACUAAAGAAACUCCAGUGAUCACUGCUGCUCCGCAAUUCGGUACAACAGCAACUAAAGAAAGGUCAGCGAUCACUGCUGCUCCGCAAUUCGGUACAACAGCAACUGAAGAAAGUCCAGUGGUUACUACUGCUCUGCAAUUUGGUAUAACGACAACUAAAGAAACUCCAGUGAUCACUGCUGCUUCGCAAUUUGGUGCAACAACAACUAAAGAAAGUUCAGUGAUCAUUGCUGCUCCACAAUUUGGUAUAACAACAACAACUCAAGAAAAUCCUAUGUCAACUAAUGCUUUUCGUCCUCAAUUUGGCAUAACACCAGUUGUAUCACCAGUGGUAGUAACUAAAGAAAAUCCUGCACCUAAUAGCACACUACCCGUAUUUGGCACAGCAACAACUAAAGAAAGUUUUUCAACUACUAGUACAAAUAAUCCUUUUCAAAUUGGUACAACACUUCAGCCUUUUUCUUCGGUAUCAUCAACAAGUCUUACUACAGCAGUUACAAGUUCUACUACUCCUUCAGUUGCGAUAAUGUCAUCUUCCAAACAACUACCUUUUGCACCAUUUGGUAGUACUUCAAUGAUAACAACAACAACAACAGCUGCUCCUAUAUCAUCCGAUCAGUCAGUUUCACUUACACAAGAACCGACUACAUCAUCUUCAGUAAUAAAUCCAAUUUUCUUUGAUCCCUCAACAAUAACAUCAGCUUCUUCAACGACAAAUUCGUUUUUGGCAUUGCCAACAACAAGUACAACAUCAGUUCCAUUUCAAUUCGGUACUAGUAGUUUUAGUUUUCCAUCUACUUUGGCAACAACACAAAGUAAUCCUCCAUUUGGAUUUACUUCUGCUGUUGCUAGUCCUUCGAGAUUACCAUUAUUUGGUACAACUCCAUUUGGAAUAACUUCAACAUCAGUUGAUAAAAUUCCAAGUUCGUCAAAUAGUGCACCAUUUACAUUUGGUUUUGGAUCUACAUCAAAUACAACAACAAAUCCUAUUCAAACUUCAACAACAUCAGCCGUUCCUACUGGCGGUUUUUCAUUUGCACCUCAAGCAUCAACAGUACCAGCAUUCGGUAUUGCUCCAUCUGCAUUAUCGUCCGUUGGAUCAUCGAGUUCAUUUAAUUUUGGUACAACAUCGACUGCUUCUACUCCAUUUCAAGCAACUGGGACAACAUCUAUGCCAGUCACUAAUAAUCCAUUUUCGACAUCAACUUCAUCUGGUUCUACAAUUGACCCUUCAAAUCCUUUCAGUAUUACGAAUGAUGAUGCAUCAAAGGGUUCACGUCAAAUGCUCAGAGCUAAACGUCGACAAAGAAAUUAA